AUGACUCUCCAACAUAAAGUCUUCUUCAGCAAGCGGCCGAGUGCCACCAGAACUGGCCCUGCAGGCGCUGAUGAUCUUAAAUGGGUCCCCACGAGCUCUACGCUUAUCUACGGCGAAAAUGAUGCUGUGCUCGUCGAUACUCAGCUGACGGUCCAAGCCGCGGAAGAGUUGGCCAACUGGGUUGUUGAUAGUGGGAAAAACCUAGUAGCCAUUUAUAUCACUCAUGCGCACGGCGAUCACCAUUUCGGCAGUUCGACUCUGUUAAAACAGUUUCCCAGCGCGAAGGUUCUGGCGAUACCAGAGGUUGCGUCCAGGAUGGAGAACGAGCACUCGCCAGAGAGAUUGCAGAGUGUGUGGGAAAAACUAUUCCCUGGACAGAUCACAAACUCGUUCACGUCCGCUGAAGCUCUUCCAGCGGAUGAAUUUGAGCUGGAAAAUGAAAAGCUGGUGGUAGUGCGACUGGGCCACACGGAUUGCGACGACACUACUGCUCUAUGGGUGCCCUCGAUUGGUCUGCUUGUGGCGGGGGACGCCGUUUAUGGCAAUACGCACCCUUAUAUGGGGGAAUCUGGGACCAUUGAAUCGCGCCUUGCCUGGAUUGUGGCGCUGGAUAAACUUGCUGCCUUGAAUCCGAAGGUAGUCAUCGGUGGACACAGCGACCCAAACGGUUCAUUCGGUCCGGAUGCUAUCACGGAGACGAAGACCUACUUUGAAACCUUCAAUCAAGUCGUAGCGGAGUCGAUGACCGCCGAAGAGGUUUAUUUGCGUAUGAUGAAGUUGUAUCCGUCACGGCUAAAUCCUGGGUCACUCUGGAGCGGUGCAGCACUUUCAAAGGGAAAGUGA